AUGCCGAUGAUUUAUAAGAGAUUCACGGACAAGUCAGCUGAGGAGUGGAGACAGAUAUACAAGGCUUUGCAACUGCUUGAAUUUUUGGUGAAGAACGGUUCAGAGAGGGUGGUGGACUACGCACGAUCGCACUCGGCAGUUAUUGAUAUGCUCAAGCAUUUCCAUUUUAUUGACCAGAAUGGCAAGGACCAGGGAAUCAACAUUCGAAACCGAGCUAAGGAGUUGACGGCUUUGCUAAACGAUGUUGAAAGAAUCCGUACUGAGAGAAAAAAGGCUCGUUCUAACAAGGCCAAGUACUCUGGUAUUGGCAACGAUAUUGAGGGAGACGAGGAUUUUGGCGGUUUUGGUGGUACAGGCAAAAAGUAUGGUGGUUUUGGUAGCGACAGCAUGGAGUUUGGUGGUGGAUAUAAUGCCAAUAAGGUUUAUGGCGACGGUGGUGGGUUCAAUGGUAGCAACUACGAUGGACCCGGUUACUCUCGUGGAGCAGGAGCUGGUGAUGAUGACGAGUUUGAGGAGUAUGAAGUGGGUGGUGGAUAUAACGAUGAUAGCAGUGGAAGUGCUGGCAGUACUAGUGGAUCCCGUAAUAAGGGCAAGACAGCAGCAUCGAGUUCGUCGAGAACCAAGACGACAAGUUCUUCGUCUGCAGCAGCUCCAGCUCCAGUAGCUGAUUUCAUCUCUUUUGAUGACGAUGUUGCCCCUCCUGCUGCUACUGGCGCCUCUAGUUCAGCAGCAGCUGAGGAUGACGACGAUUUUGACGAUUUCCAAAGCGCUACUCCUGUUGCCGGUGCCAGUUCUAACACUAAGACCACUGGCGGCGGCUCGUCAACUAAAGCCGAUUUAUUAGAUCUCUUUUCACAACCCUCAACCGCAUCAUCAUUCCAAUCACAACCUCUACAACAACAGCAACAAUUUUCAAGCUUCACCUCGUCUCCAGGUCUGCCAACUCAAUUAUCCAGUACACCAUCAGUUGUAUCUCCUAGUGCCUUUUCCACUACAUCGACAAUUGGCAGCAACAGCACUGGCUUUCCCGGCUUUUCAUCCACACCCUCGACUCCUUCUAUCGGUGCUGGUUCGGGUCUAGGCAACAGUAGUACUGGCAAACCAGCUGCUAAAAAGGCCAACGACGCAUUUGGCGACCUGUGGUCAAGUGCCAGCAAGACAAAGAAGUCGUCAGCCAAGACCGAGCCAACCAGUCUCGCUGCCUUGGCCCACGAGAACGCCCAAAAAAGCAUGUGGGGAGGUGCUCCUGCCUCGUCUUCGUCUCCCAGCCAGCCUCAGCCCCAGUCCCAGCAACCCAGCUCCAGCUCCGGCCAGAUCGACGACCUCCUCUCCUUCUAA